AUGAAGGAUGUAGUCCUCAAUGAACAGUUAGGAGCUUUUGAUUUGAAUGAUAUAAAUGUUAUUAACAAUAUACGAUUGACAUUGAAAAAUAAUGGACAUACAGUUGAAGUGGACGUUGAAGGUCGGAACAACCUAUUGGUAACUGGUGGAGGACUCCCUGGACCCUUUAUGGUUAAACAAUUCCACUUCCAUUGGGGCUCAGCUGAUAACAGAGGGUCAGAACAUGAUAUCAGCGGGAGUUUUGAGAAAAGUGGAACUAAAGUAGAAAAUGUAAGGAACUAUAUCUUUUUCUACGCAUUCACAGUUGCUUUGAUGCGACAUCAUCGACAAAGUCUUGACAACAACUAUUGUUAUGACCACGUAGAAAUUCAGACAUUUUCUUUGAGCUCGUUGUUUCCUCGUUCUACUGAAGUAUUCUAUAGAUAUUAUGGUGGACUGACGACUCCUCCGUGUUACGAAAGCGUUGUAUGGACAAUUUUUCAAGAGCAUAUACGAAUUUCCCAAGUACAGGUGAUCUUUUAUUACAUAAUAUGUUUCCUCUUCUACAAUGAAACACAUUAA